AUGCUUUUAAUGUAUGGUCUUGGGACAGAACCUUGGGUUCUAGUACAGACUUUGAAACCUCAUUUAAAGAAGAAGUCACCGGCUGAAUAUUGCAGGGCAUUUGCGGGGCAGAAUUGCCGCGUCGUUGCCUCUGACAUUCCUCAACGCAUGGAUGACAUGUUAGAUCUUAGUUCCGAUCAAAUUGAAAAGAUAGAGCUCGAUGUUUCAUCGGAUGAGAGAGUGCCAUCGGCUGUGAACACAGUAAUAUCCAAGUAUGGUCACAUUGGUGUGCUACUAAAUAAUGCCGGUAUAGGAAGCACAGGCCCUUUAGCUGAGUUUUCACUAGAUGCGAUCAAAAAAGCUUGGGAAAUCAACACAUUGGGGGAGCUAAGAAUGGUGCAACAAGUUGUGCCUCACAUGGCUUCGUGGCGCAGGGGAAGUAUAGCCAAUGUAGGGAUUGUUGUUGGGAGAGUACUAACCCCUUGGGCAGGGUCCUAUUGUUCUAGCAAGGCUGCUCCCCAUGCCAUGACCAACACUUUGCGUGUUGAAUUAGGGCCCUUUGGUAUCAAUGCGGUCCUUGUGGUACCUGGUGCUGUGAGAUCUAAUUUCGGAAGCUCUAACCUGGAGAGGCUGCGAAAUCAUGAUUGGAAAAUUUAUAAGGAAUUCAAGGAUGCCAUUGCUGAGCGAGCCAGGUCUUCCCAAGGUUCCCAGGCAACUGAUGCCAAGCUGUUUGCAAGAAAUGUAGUAAAGAAGGUUUUAAGUCCUAAACCAUCAAAGCAGAUAGUAUUUGGUCCCAUGAUUGGUGACUAUGACAACUUCUUGUUUGUUGUGCUUUCAUGGUCUCCACUUUGGGUUAAAGAUAUGUUUUUCAGUACUCGUUUCAACCUAAACAAGAGGGUUUAA